AUGGCCAGCCAGUCGCAGGGCAUCCAGCAGCUUCUGCAGGCAGAAAAGCGAGCUUCCGAAAAGAUUUUAGAAGCCCGCAGGAGAAAGGUGGAGAGACUGAAGCAGGCCAAGGAAGAAGCCCAGAACGAGGUGGAACAGUACAGACUGAAGAGGGAGACCGAAUUUAAGGCCAAGGAAGCUGAGGCCCUUGGUAGCCAAGGCGCGUCCAGCGUCGAAUUAGAGAAGGAAACCGAGGUGAAAAUAGCCGUAAUCCAGGAGCAGUUCAAGAAGAACAAGGAGGCGGUUGUGGAAUUCCUGUUGGAUUUGGUCUAUCGAGUUCAGCCCAAAUUGCGUGAAACCAAAAUCAUUGUAUAA